AUGGACAACAUCUACAUCCUGAAACACGUGAUAGACAAGCAAUUAGCAAAGAAAAGAGGAAAAUUAUUUGCGUUCUUCGUAGACCUGAAGGCCGCCUUUGACAUGGUGGAUAGGGGAAGGCUAUGGGAAGCAAUGGAAAAAAGUGGGAUAGAAAAAGGGCUGAUCGCUAGGGUAAAAGAGAUAUAUAGAAGAUCAAAAUGUACGAUAAGAGUAGGAGAAGAAGUAUCAGAGGAAUUCUUCACGGAAAUGGGAGUACGUCAAGGAUGCCCCCUGAGCCCCACACUGUUUGCGAUUCUGAUAUCGGAUAUUGAAGAGGAAUUUAGAAAGGCCCAGGCAGGAGGAGUGGUGGUAGGUAGAGAAAAAUUCUGGACUUUAGCCUACGCAGAUGACCUAGUUCUAGUGACGAAUGAUGAAAGGGAAAUGCAGGAAAUGAUGAAAACUCUGGAACGAUAUCUCAGGAGAAAGAAACUUACUCUGAAUGUUGAAAAGUCAAAAAUGAUGAAGUUUAAAAAGGGAGGAGGAAAUGAGAGAAAAAUAGAGCGGAGGUGGGAAGGGAGACCGGUGGAGGAGGUAAAAGAAUUUGUAUAUCUUGGCUUCCGACUCAAAAGGAAUGGAAAGGACGAAGAACACAUAAAGGACAGAGCUAAAAGAGGGAACAUCCUAAUCAGGCAAGUUUGGGGAUUGGGCGAAAGGAGGCUGAACCAAGACUUUCGGAUGCGCAUGAUGCUCUUUGACUACCUGAUAGCUAGCGUAAUAUUGUACGGAGCAGAAAUAUGGGGGUGGAAGGAAUGCCCACCAUUGGAAAGGAUACAGGAGAGAUACAUAAGAUGGACUCUCGGACUUGACGCUUGUACCCCAGGGUACAUUGUAAUGGAGGAGACAAAGAGAGAUAAGAUAGAGUUAAAAGCUGGAUUGAGAGCAAUAAGGUUUGAGAAGAAAAUAAAGGAAUCCCAAGGAAUGACUCUGCUAAAGGAAUGCUUGAAAGAAAGAGAAAAACUAACGAAAACGGAGGGACAACAGGAAAGAGAAAAGUUCUAUAAUAAACACGGGUACAGCCGACAGGGGGUAGGGUUAGAAGAAAUAAGGGGAAUGAAAAUAGAAGAUUUAAUAGAAAAAAGAAGUAGAGAAAUACAGAAACAGGAAUACAGAGAGAGAAUCGAGAGGGCGAGGUAUAACCCACGAUAUAAAGACUUGAUAACGAUUAAGACUCCCCGGUAUCUGUUGAGGUCAGAUAGGAAGAGAGACAUCAAGUCAAUAGCAAGACUGAGGUGUGGGAAUGAAGAAGAGAAGAACAGAUACUGGCUAACGGAAGAGAAGAGAACCUGCAGUCUCUGUGGCAGGAGACAGGGAAGCCUCGAACACCUGCUGAGGGAAUGUGAAAGAGGGAUGGGAGGUGGAAUUAGGAUAGCGGAUUCGUUGGAUGAUCUAGGGAAUAAGGAGGCGAUAAAAUGGAUAGGGAUGAUAAAGAAGGAGAGAGACAGAGUAAAUAAAGAAAGGGAGCAGGAGAGAGACAAUGCGCAUGCGAGUGAGAGUUGA